AUGUCAUCGUCAUCACGUCUAGUAGCUACGUUUGGUAAUACAAUGCAAUCAUCUUUUCCUCUAUCAAAGGCUAUCAUUCUUAUUGGUGGUCCUAAUCAACAGGGCAAUCACUUUCGUCCAUUGUCUCUGGAUCUACCGAAACCUCUUUUUCUAUUAGCUGGACGAGAAAUGCUGUAUUUUCACGUUGAAGCGUGUGCACGUGUUCCAAAUCUACAAGAGAUUUUAAUCAUUGGUUCAUAUGAUGAAGGUCUUUUUUCGCGGUUCUUUGACUCGGUCUGGCGUCGGUUUAACGUACAAAUUCGCUAUCUGAGGGAGGAGAAGGCAUUGGGUACAGCUGGAGGCAUUCGUUUCUUUCGUGAUGAGAUUCUGGAUGGAGGUCCUGCCAAGUUAUUUGUCUUGCAUUGUGACGUGUGCUGUUGUUUUCCUCUCAAUGAGAUGAUGCACUUUCAUCUGAAACACAAGGGAAUAUGCACGGUGCUGGGCAAACGAGUGUUCCAUGAUGAAGCCAAGAAGUAUGGCUGUCUUGUAGCUGACCCGAUGACGAAAGAAAUUCUUCACUGGGCAGAAAAGCCAGAGACCUUUGUGAGUGACAUUAUCAACUGCGGUGUCUACCUCUUUGACGUGUCGCUCAUGGACACAAUUGUUAACAUCGGGGACAAGAUUAGUCGACGAAGACUUCGCAGCGAGUCCAAUUCGGAAGCUAAUACGCAGUACAACCUCAAGAAGCUCUUUCCUGAGUUCAGUAACCUCGACAACCUUCGAUUUGAACAAGAUGUGUUGCUGCCUCUUGCUGAUCAACACUGUCUCUACUUGCACGAGCUUGGUGACUUUUGGUGCCAGAUCAAGACGCCUGGAAUGGCCAUCACAUGCUCAGAGCUUUACAUGCAGCGGUUCCGGUUUACAAACCCUAGCGCGCUAAGCGCAACGGGUGGAAAGUUAUCGCCAAUUAUCGAAGGAAAUGUGGUAGUGGAUUCUUCGGCGAUUGUACAUCCGACGGCAAAGCUUGGUCCGAAUGUGACGAUUGCUGCAGGCGUAACCAUUGGACCGGGAGUUCGAGUUGCUCACUCGAUCAUUCUUGAAGGCGUGACCAUUAAAGAUCACGCAUGUGUGCUUUUCUCCGUCAUCGGCUGGAACUCCAUUAUUGGCCAGUGGGCCCGAGUUGAAGGUCAGCCACCCAACGCUUCGCAGAUCCAGGUACAUUCGGCCGAGACAGCGCUCGUACGUGACGUUACAAUCUUCGGUGUGUCAGUCGUUGCAAACCCCGAAGUUAUCAUUCGCAACUGUAUUGUUCUACCCCACAAGACGCUUACACAGAGUUAUCACGAUGAGAUCCUAUUGUAA